CAUUUCAAUGUUUUACAAAUUACCGUGAUCUUCAUUUAUUAUUGAAUUUCUAAACAAAAGUCUGCAUAAUGCAUAGGCAAGAAAAAUCUAAAAGCAGGCAAAGUAAGAAACAAAGGAAUUAUAUUGAUCCGAAGUCAAAAGAGUUGGAACGUCAACAAGAAAUAAAAUGUAAGGCUGAAAAAGAGAUGUAUGAGAAGAAGAAAAGAGAUGAGAUAUUGCCACAAAUAGACAUUUUGUUUAAGAGGAUAAAGCAUAAAGUACAAAAGGGAAAAAUAAAAAACAGAACUUUAAAAGAAUGGUUGAGGUAUAUAAAGUGCAAUAGACCUACUCCAGAAUCAGCUUCCAAUUUGCAUCUCUGUUUUUAUGAAUGGGAAAUCCUUUCAAAGAAUUUUAAACUUGAAGAUGUAAUGCAGGAGUUUGAACAGCUAACAUCCUUUUUCAACAUUGUCACAGAAAUCACUGAAGAGCCAGUAACAUUGACUCAGAUUAUGGUGAAAAACAUAAAAUCCAUUAUACAUGUAUGGCAGUAUACAAUUUUAAAAGAAAUAGAUUUUGCAUGUUAUUUACUUAUAAGGAAUGUUGAAUCGUCUUUCUCUAAAAUAGACUAUUAUACAGGAGAAUACACCUUUUGUUCAAAAUUUGUAAAUAUCGGUAUGUGGUCAUUCUUUGAAUGUCCGUUUCGAUUAAAUUUUAAAAAGAACCAUCCACCAAUUAAAUUUGAAAAUUGUGCUACUUCAUUGGUCUUACCUAGAAUACCUUAUAACACUAAACCGAUCGUUUUGCGCUGCAUGCACAUAGAAUUAGAUUUUUACAGUACUACAAGUAGGAGCAAUGAUCUUUUUGUCAAAACAGCAACGUUAAAUUUAGUGUCAGAAGUAAAACGAUGUUACGACAUGGUCACUGCUAUCACAAAAGAAUUCCAGGAAGCUGAAGAAUUCAAACAGCAAUAUGGAAAGCUUCAAAAAGAACAAGGCAAUGCAGAUAAAGUUACAAAUGAAGUUUCAUCAUUAUUUCUGCCAUCGUUUUCAUCACAUAAUUUAGUGGACUCGAGAAGAUUAUCUUAUCUAUCGUUGAACAGUCAGCAUUCGUUGGAUAAAAACUCAAAACCAUCAAUUGUAGAGGGUUUUGGAAAUAGAAGUACAAAAGACAGCAGCAGUAUUAACUCGAAACAGUCUUUUUUUCAUAAUCGACACCGAGGCACUGUAGAAAGUAAUGAAAGUAUCAAUUUUUAUCAUCGUUUUACACAGACAUCAGCUGUUUCUAUAGAUAUGCAUGUUUUAUUUAAUGAACAAAAUGACAUGUUUCUCGAUGCCAUGUAUGAUGAAGAUGAUGAUAAAGAACUCAUAGCUAUUUUAAAUGAAACAAAUGAUCCUGCAAGGAAGUCUGCAACAUUCACCGAUCUCUUCCUUCCUAAAGAAGAAAAGAACCAGCAAGUUAAAUCGGAUUUCAAUUCUAUUAAAGAAGUUUUAAAUAGCACAUUGUUAAUAAAGAAUGUAACUGAUAUAGAUUAUGAACAAAAGGUUAGCGUUCUCUCAAAAACAAAAUCCCAGAUAUUUAAUAUGCGAGAAGAGGAGGCACAUAAUGAUUUCAUUGAAUCACUGAAACAAGAAUUAGAUGAUGAUGAACUUAAUUUGAGAGCUUAUACUGUGUUAGGAGGUGUUUAUUAUAUUGAUAUCUUGAAAUGUGUUUUUCAACCGUUUCCACUAAAAGGAGGCAAUUAUGUUCAGGUUACUCAAGGUCAUUUUGAUAUCACGAGAGAACCGUUGAUGAGCAGGUAUGUCGAACUAUCGCCAUUUAAUAUGGAACUUCAUGAGAUGUCUAUUUUUGAAAAUAUGGAACAAGAGGAAGACAUUGAAGAAGAAGAAGAAUCUCAAGAAGAAUAUCGGGUUGAGGAAGAUCCCAAAGAUGAUAUGAUUUCAGUCACUAUACAUUUGGAAAAUGGUCUGUUUAAGCUGAAUGACCCAAUUCCAGUAAUUUGGGAUGAAGAAAGAAAAAUUUGGUCUCGAAAACAUCUUUUUCAGUGUCGAUAUUAUAAAAAUGAAAAUGUAGUUCAAUUUCAACUCAACAAACUUGCACCAUUCGCCUUCGCACUUCCACGUUUCCACCAACUACCGUACAAAGACUGGUGUCUUACUCCUCAUGAACAAAAUUUAGUAUCCCUACAUCUUACAUGUCAAGAUUUUACAAUUUUGUUCUUAAUUGGUGAAGAGAAAGUGUCCUUGGAAAAUGUAGAAUUAAAAAAUAACAGCAGAUUCUUGGAGGAAAUAUACGGAGAACCUUAUGAACCGGAUGAUCUCUUUUUUAUCUUGAAAAAUAAUGGAAUCAACAUAUUCCCUAGGACAGAUACCUUCCUGUAUGUGCCAGGAUCUUCUUGUAAAAAUCGAUCUGUCGAAGACCAUGUCUAUCUCACCAUGUCCUUAUUCGUUCAAAUUCUUGAAUAUUGUUCAUCAGAAUGGAAUAGAGCUGUCGGCUGGAAAAAUAUCAUCUUUCAGGGUCGUCAAGCAAAUUCCGUUACUACCCAUUACAUGACGUUCAGAUGCAACAAUUUAAGAGCUGACUGGUUAACUUUGAAAGAAGGUACGAACGUUUACAAAGAAAAAGUACAUAAAUCAGUUGGAUUUGUACCAGACAUGUAUUCAUUGUUUAGCAGACUGUUUGGAAGAGAAUUCAACCAAAUUACAACAAAUGCAGCACUUAUUUCUACCGUUUACUAUGUACUUUCACAGACCAGGGUUCUUUCUUAUUCUGGUGAUCCAAAUAAACCUUUCAUAUAACAAUAAUUUCUUAUUUCGCCUGCCAACAUUAAAAAUGACACCAUUAAAAAUAAACACUUUGAACAUUAACUAACACAAAAAAUGAACACGUAUGUACAU